AUGGAUUUAUGGGUUGUUGCAGCAGCUGCGGGAGCUGGGUAUUUAGCCAAGUACCGGCAAAACCUAUCAGGUGAAAAAGAUGGAUUGCCGGAGACUUCUUCCUGGAAUUCGAUUCACCGGCGGCAGUCAGAGUCCCCGGCCAGUAAUUUGCUGCAGCAAAUGCGGGACUCAACCUGUCCAUUGCGCAGAUUGGCACGGAAAAGCUUUGAUAGAGAUAUUUCAGAGAGGGGUGAUAGUGGUGAAGCUUCAGAAGGAGUAGCCUCUACUAGUGGAAGGGAAUGGUUUCAAGAGAGAAUCAAUGAAAAGAGUGAGUUUUUCAACACCUCUGGUAAUGUACUAUAUGAAUCUAAGACUGAAGAAAUUAGUGCCUUCCAUGGUGAUGGUAGGAUUAGGAGGAUGACAAGGUCUCUCAGAAGUAGGUCUAGUGGUUAUUCUGUAAGGCCAUCAACUUCUUUAGAAAGUUGCCUCGUGGCUCAGCUGUAUAGAGAGCACGAAAAGAAAGAAGAACAUGUUUUCAGUUCUCUUCCAUCACCAUCUACUAAUUCCAAUAGGCCUUUGUUGUUAACUGAUGGGAGACAAAAAAUUAGCAGAACUAGUAAUGAUUUAUUUGGUGCAAGUUUGGACAGUGGGGAAGAUAAGCUUCAGAGGGAAAAUGGUGUCUUCUUGGAGGAAAAUGAUGCAUUGAUGGGACCUCCAACCCUUGGGCAAAUUGGAUUGAUGGAUCUCCCAAGGAAACAAAGGCAGAGGCAUGACAAGAGCCGGCAGAGCAGUUACAGCACUGAGCUAUCUGGCAAAUCAUUCCUUUCACAAGGACUGUCCAAUGGAAUGCUUCUGUUCUUUAUUGGGAUCACUAUUGGCAUUGUGUCAGCCACUGUGUCAAAUAAAAGAGAAAUGGAUAAGCUAAAUGAGUCACUGAAACAAGCAGAGAAUUUGGUUCAUGAUUUACAUGAGGAACUUGAGAUGAAAGAUGUGCUAACUGUGAAGGAACUAGCCAAUGAGGGUCAUCAAUUUCCAAAAAUAAAAAGUCGCUCCUUGUUGAAUAAGGAGGAAGUCAUAUCAUCCUCCGAACAAUUGGAUGAAUCUUCCAAAUACGAUAGCAAAAAGUCGAAUGACCAGGACGCUGAGUUGAUGAGUAAAAUUGAGGCAGAGCUUGAAGCAGAACUGGAGAGGCUUGGAUUAAACAUGAAAACGUCUAGUCUGGAAAGAAUAGCGGAUAUUGUUGAGCUUGAUCCAGACUUUGAAGCAGACAUUAGUCAAGGAGACUUGAAACUAGAUGUCACCAACGGGUUACAUGGCGGCCUAUCUGAUUCAGACCAUGACACAAGUGAGACUAGCACCAAUCACACCCGAGAAAACCACGCAGUUUCGCCUCGGGAGCUAAGCUUGCGUCUUCAUGAGGAGCUAAGCUUGCGUCUUCAUGAGGUAAUUGAAUCAAGGCUUGAAGCACAAAUUAAGGAGCUUGAGACAGCCCUACAAGACACCCAAAAGAGGAUGCAUUCCCUCGGGUCGCAACACACCCUCUCUUGGAGGGGAUUUGGCUCUGGCGAAGCAGAAUCUUCGUCUACUCCAGAAAGUCCAAGCUUUAUAAUCAAAGGCAGUGACAUAGACAGGCCCUUGGUGAUCGAUUUGUCCGAGAAAGCUCUGGAUGCAAUGAGGAUUGUGGAGGGAGAAUCAGGAUAG